AUGCAAAAAAGCAUCGUGUUUAUUGAUUAUCUUCACACAGUCAAUGGAGAGUACUUUGCUACUUUACUGAGGCAGUUACGAAACGAUGUCAAAACUAAACGCUCAGGAAAACUGACGAUAUGUGUCUUGUUUCAUCAGGACAAUGCUCUAGCACACAAGUGCUUGAUUUCAGUAGCUGCUGUGCGUGACUGUGAUAUUGAACUGAUUGAUCAUCCUCCGUAUUCUCAUGAUUUGGUCUCAUAUGACUUUCAGCUGGUCGCCAACAUGAAAAAGCAUAUGGCAGAGAACCAGUAUUGCAAUUAUGAUGACGUCAUAUCUUCUGUUGACUUUUUUGUGAAACUGGAUUAA